AUGUCUACUCCACUUCUCUCUAGCAACACUGCACAAACACUCGGUGCUGCUGCAUCCAACAUGGCCAGCGAAGCGCGUUUCUCUUUUCUUCAAAAGUUUCGCGAGCAACGCUUAGCCAACAUUCGACCUCUUGGUGAUUUUUUUGAUAAAAAUAGAAUCAGUUUCACUACCAAUUUUCAUACCAUCAGUCAACGUUGGAACUAUAACUUGCAAUAUUUCUCUGCAAAUUACUUGGUGAUCAUCUUGCUUCUGGGUGUCUAUGCUAUCAUUACAAGUUGGUGGUUGGUAUUCACCAUUGCUUUUCUGUUUGGUGGAUUCUUUUUGAUUUCUCGCUUGGAUGGACCUCUCACUAUCGGAGGAGCAGCAUUAUCGCCUUCCACCUUGUAUGCUUCGUACGCUGGUAUAUCGUUGCUCUUACUACUUUUCUCGGGUGCAACGGGCGCCAUUUUCUGGAUCAUUGGUGCUGCUGCUAUUAUCAUCCUGGGUCAUGCCGCUAUCCUGGAACCAGGAUUGGAGGGUGAUUUCUCUGCAGACGGACAAGUUUAA